AUGGCUCGCCGGCAGCGGGACCGGCAGGAGUAUGUGGAGCAGAUGGAGAAGCUGCAGCGGGAGGCCUUCCUGGCCAUGGUGCGGCGGGAGCGAGAGGCGGCGCGUCGGCAGCGCGAGGAGGAGGAGGAGGCUCAGCGCAGGCGCCGCGAGGAGCUGCAGCGCCGCCACCGGCUGCUGGAGGCGGCCUUCGACGGCCACGUGGUCGAGAUCCAGGCGGUGCUGAAGGAGGUGGAGGACCAGCUGACCGCGGAGGGCGUGGGCCACGACGAGGAGGGCCAGGCGCGGCGGCUGCAGAGGCGCGUGGCCAUGGUGGACUGCCAGGACAGCAGCGGGAACACGCCGCUGUCAGAGGCGGCCGCGGGCGGGCAGCUGCAGGCCAUCCAGCUGCUGGCGGAGCAGGGCGCCUGCCCCAACAGCAAGGGCGCUUUCGGCCGCACCCCGCUUUACCGAGCGGCCUUCGGGGGCCACCUGGCGGCCGUGGAAGUUCUGCUGAAGCUCGGAGCCGACCCCCGGAUCUACGCUGACGACGGGAGCACCCCAGCGCAGGUGGCCGGGCGGCGAGGGCGCCUGGUUGUCACCUACUCGGAACGGAACUACUUCGGGGUACCUUGCCUCUCAGGUUUAGCUGCGCUCCUUAAUCCUCCCUUUGCCUUAAGAGGCAGGCUGUGGGAAGGAGGGACGAAAGGAAGGAAGGGGGGAGAGCCAGGCAGUGAGGGCCAGCCUGGGAGGGAGACUGCAUCCCCCGGUGGCUGUGCGCGGCCUGCAGACGCUCCUGCCCCAGCUGCGUCCUUCCCGCCAUCCCCUAACCUGCACAGCCUGCGGGGCUUUCUGCCACGGGCCGCCCACCGCGGCCACAAACGCUCCUCAGGACCCCUGUUGGCAGGUUCCAUCCGGCCGCUCGGCGCCCCCAGCCCCUUCGGGUCAGCCGUGGCGUCCCUGGACGCGGUGGCGGACGUGCUGCAGUCGUGGGACCUGAGCCUCACCGAAGCCAUGCUACGGAACAUGGAGGCCGAGCGGCAGCGCCGCGCACAGGAGGAGCAGCGGCACAAGGAGGCCGAAGCCCAGCGCCUCAACUUCAGGGUGCAGCAGCUGGCCAAGGAGCGGCAGCAGUGCCACAAGGAGCUGCAGCAGGCCUAUUGCGAGCUUAACCGGAGGAUGACGGAGCACGACAAGUGCGAGCGGAAGCAGAUGGGCAAAACCGACCUCACCCUACAGGCCGUCAGGGACGCAGAGGCCCAAGUGGACAGACUGCGGCAGGAGGCCCAGAAGGCUGAGGAGAUGCUGGCUAUGGCCAGGCUGGCGCUGCGGGAGCAGACUCCAGAGGGUGGGCUGGGGGCUGGAGGCGGGGCCCGGGAGGGGCAGGGUCUGGCCUUCCUGCGGCUCCACCCUGACGUCCCCGCAGACGACGAAGAGGUGCCUGGGCUGAAGUGCCAGGUGGCCGAGCUGCACGACGUGCUGAUGAAGGACGUGGGCGACCGUAUCCGCAACGACGGGCGGUGGCCUCUUGUCAUCGACCCUUCGGGCCAGGCAGCCACUUUCCUGCGCUACCAGGACACUAACUACUUGGACACGAUGAACCCGGAGCACCUGUUGCCAGAGAGGAUGCGGCUGGCGCUCCUAGGGGCGCUCCGGUACGGGAAGCCGCUGGUCUUCGACUUGGGCAAGGUGGACAUGUUCCCGGUGGUGCAGCGGCAGCUGGAGGGGGUCCAGGCGGGCCUGGCGCAGGAGCUGCUGGGCCGCGCGCUGCUGGCGGACGAGCGGUACCUGUCGCUGCUGCGGCCCGCCGACGGGCCCGAGUACGGCCCCACACAGUUCCAGGCGGCGCGCCUGGUGCACUUCCGCCUCUUCUUCGUCACCAGGGUGCAGUGGCCACCGGCGGAGCAGCUGCAGGCACUACUCCCGGUGCGCGUGCUGCUGCCCGGCACAGUCGUGUAA